GCAGUAGAGUAAGGCUGGUUCUAUUCCUGGUAGCAUAUGAUGAUCAGGAGAGGCUUACAGAAACUGAGGAGAGUAUUUUACCUUAGUUGUGGAUAGGAAUAAAUGAAGAUUAAAGUGUUAUUUGCAUUUGACCAGGAAUUUGAACAUUAGGAGAAGUGGAAACAAGAAUCACUAGUGGAAAGUCAAUAAUUGCUUCUGGUAUACACAACGAUAUUUGUGACAGAAAGAAUGUCAAUGCCUAAUGACACCCAGUUCCAUCCUUCUUCAUUCCUACUGCUGGGCAUCCCAGGGCUAGAAGAUGUGCACGUCUGGAUUGGAUUCCCGUUUUUCUUUGUGUAUCUUGUUGCGCUCCUGGGGAAUGCUGCUAUCUUGUUUGUGAUCCAGACUGAGCACAGUCUCCAUGAACCCAUGUACUACUUCUUAGCCAUGUUGGAUUCCAUUGACCUGGGCUUGUCCACGGCCACCAUCCCCAAAAUGCUGGGCAUCUUCUGGUUCCAUCUCAGGGAAAUAUCUUUUGGAGGCUGCCUCUCUCAGGUGUUCUUCAUCCACUUCUUCACUGCCAUGGAGAGCAUUGUUUUGGUGGCUAUGGCCUUAGACCGCUACAUUGCCAUUUGCAAACCCCUUCGGUACACCAUGAUCCUCACCAGCAAAAUCAUCAGCCUCAUUGCAGGCAUUGCCAUCCUGCGGAGCCUGUACAUGGUGGUUCCACUGGUGUUUCUGCUCCUGAGGCUGCCCUUCUGUGGACACCAUAUCCUCCCUCACACUUACUGUGAGCACAUGGGCGUUGCCCGUCUGGCCUGUGCCAGCAUCAAAGUGAACAUUAUGUUUGGCCUUGGCAACAUUUCUCUCUUAUUGUUAGAUGUGCUCCUUAUUAUUCUUUCCUAUGUUAGAAUCCUCCAUGCAGUUUUCUGCCUGCCUUCCUGGGAAGCUCGACUCAAAGCUCUCAACACCUGUGGCUCCCACAUAGGUGUUAUCUUAGCCUUUUUCACACCAGCAUUUUUCUCUUUCUUGACACAUCGUUUUGGACAUAAUAUCCCCCAAUAUAUUCACAUUUUCUUGGCCAACCUAUAUGUGGUUGUUCCACCAGCUCUCAAUCCUAUAAUCUAUGGGGUCAGGACCAAGCAGAUUCGGGAGCGAGUGCUGAGGAUUUUCCUCAAGACAGAUCACUAA